AUGGAGAUUGACGGCGAGGCUUUGGAAGCGUUGAGUGCAAUCACAUGGUUGGAAAGAGUUCGCGGGGACGAUCUGCGGCGGAAUAGAUGUGCGCUUCGGAGGAGGUUCAUCAGAGUGGUUUUCACGUCGUCUUCUCUCUUUCAAUUUUCUUGUUCCACCGUGACCUGUGCAACACAGAAUAAAACACAAAAAUUUAAAACAAAGAUGAAAUUUGAGCAUGCUUUUUUUUCGUGCGCAGAUAGAAAGGCGCCAGCUUCUUCUUUUUCUUUGUUUCUUACUGUUAGCAUAAUCCAUAGUUUUGGAUUUAAUAUGUUGAUGGUUAGCAAUGCAAAUUGGUUUCCAUUGAAUCUGUUUUUGGUUUCCGUUAAAACAAAUGGCUUGAGAAUUUUGCAGGUUAUUUAA